GGUAGUACUAAUUUAGUGCUAUAAUAGUAUGAAAUGUUUUCUGCAUUUCUCUAAUUCAUGUAAAAGUAUUUUAAACGAAAUUGUGAAGUCUUCGACAUCUAUUUACAUCAUGGCAGCAGCAAGACCAAGUUCGGAUUUGGCUGCUUUCCGUGCAGAGUUUGAACGAGCAAAGAAUAUUGUUGUGCUGUCUGGCGCAGGAGUAAGUGCAGAAAGUGGGGUGCCCACAUUCCGUGGAGCUGGUGGCUUUUGGAGAAAAUGGCAGGCUCAGGAUUUAGCAUCACCAAAAGCAUUUGAAUCUAAUCCAUCAUUAGUUUGGGAAUUUUAUCAUUACCGUCGUGAAGUCAUGAUAACAAAAAAUCCAAAUCCUGCGCAUUUGGCUAUCGCAGAAUGCGAAAGUCGUUUGAAGAGUAAUGCUCGGAAAUUAACUGUCAUUACUCAGAAUAUAGAUGAGCUCCACAAGACAGCAGGAUCUGAAAACAUUAUUGAAUUACAUGGAUCAUUGUUCAGAGUUUGUUGCACAAAGUGUGGAAAAGUGGAUGUGAACAAAGAUUCUCCGAUCUGUGAGGCAUUGAGAGAUCGGGGUGCUCCUGACCCAACAGCUCAAGAUGCAAAAAUACCAGUCGAAAAUUUGCCGAAAUGUAAAAGUUGUGAUGGAUUAUUGAGGCCCGAUGUUGUUUGGUUUGGUGAAGGACUAGAUCAAAAAGUUCUCGAGCGAGCAGACGAAGAACUUGAAAAAUGUGAUCUUUGUCUGGUUGUUGGUACAUCGUCUGUUGUUUACCCGGCUGCCAUGUUUGCUCCGAUGUUAUCUUACCGUGGUGUUACUGUGGCGGAGUUCAAUUUGGAGGAUACACCUGCAACCAUGAACUUUAAAUACCAUUUUUGUGGUCCUGCGGGAGAGUGGAUACCAAAAGCCUUAGCCCCUUGAUCUGCUAACGGAGGCCGAAUUGACACUUGUAUAUGAUGCAAAUAUAUUGCAGUCAACAUGUAAUUUAUCUUCCAUAUGUUUUAUGAUAGCACUUUUUUUUAGUUAUUCUCCUAUACAUUUUUACUCCGUACUUAUUGCAUCUUAUGGUACAACACUUUGUAAAUUGCUGCUUUUUGCUGGGAGCAUAUGUAACCUGAUGAUAAAAUCUAUACCUUUUAAAUAUUUCAUAUAGUGCAAUUAGAAAUACCGUUCACAUCAUGUUAAUAAUACAGAGCAAUGUAUUAAAAUGAUGCUAUUGUUUAUGCUUAACUAUGUCAGUCUUUUUUGGAUGUCUUUGAUUCAAAUCAUAUCACAUAAAAUAUUAUAAAUGGAGUAUAUGUUACUAUUGUCCCAAUGUCCCAUAAACCUAAAUUGCAUAUUAUAUCAAUGUCCCUCAAUAGUCAAUAGUAUGACAUUAUCAUGGCUAGGCAUUCUCAACAUUUCUUCGUAUCAUAUCACAGAAAUAUAUAAGAAAAAUUUUAUAAGAGUUUCUAAAAACCUUCCUCAAUCACAUGUCUAGUUCUAGAUUAUUUUAUAAUACAUAUGCUUAAAAUGCCCAGAGUGCAAUCUAUAGACUGUGUUAAAUAGCUUAUCUUUCUCUGUAAUUUUACUUGCUUGACUUUUAG